AUGGAUCCUAACAAACCAGAUUUUUCUAAUUAUUUUUCUGAUUUGGGUGAUGAUUUUGUCACUAACCCUCGAUUUCAAACCUUCCUUCAACGAAUAGCUACUCAAUAUCCACCGCAACAAACACCUCCUCAAUUUCCACCACAACAAACACCUCCUCAAUUUCCACCACCACAUUCACCUCCUGUUUAUCAAGGGAGCAAUUCUCAAUAUGAAGAUGAAAUGGAAGAAAGUGUUCCAGAUACUCCACAAUACCCUCCACCUCCUCCAAGAGUGUUUGUCAAUCAAAACCAACCACUUACAAAAGGGAGUCGAAUGUGGUCUGUUGCGGAGGAUGAAACUCUUAUUGGUUUGUAUCUGCAAUUCAGUGAAGAUGCAAUUGUUGGUACAAACCAAAAAGCAUCUGUGCUUUGGAGAAAAAUUUCAGCGGCAUAUGAUGAAGCGCAGGCUGAGAAACCUCACAUUCUACCACCAAGACCUUUGAGGAGUUUGGAAAGUCGUUGGAGAAGGAUGGCAGCUGAUUUAAUACAAUGGAGUAGCUGCUAUGACGAAGCAGGAAGGGUUACAGGAAGUGGCUACAACGAAGAAGAUCGAAUUAAUAACGCCAGUAAGUUAUUCUAUGCUUCCUCCAAGCCUACUCAACAUAAUUUUAAUUGUCACCAUGGUUGGAAAAUGGUUAAAAAUGACCCAAAGUGGAGGACAAAACUUAGGUGGGCGUUGUCAAGAGAGGAAAGAUUAGCUGUAGGUGAUGCCGUCGAAGAUGAUAGUAGUGGCAGUGAUAAGCGAUGUAGAACCGUAGAGGAAGGUGAUACACCAUCCACGGGUUUCUGUUCUGGAGGUCUUCCUCGACCCGAUGGUGUUAAAAAGGCAAAGGCCAAGCGUAAUAAGGGAAAAGAAGUGGCUUCUGAUUCUUCAACCAUUGGUGAGCAAAUGAAGCAGAAUAAUGCCUGUAGGGAAACAGAGGCACAAAUACGGUUGAAGAAGUUGGAUUUUGACAUGGAAAGGGAGAGGAGGAAACAAAAACAAGUCGAAAUUCAACAAAAACAAGUUGACAUACAAGAGAGAAGGCUGAACUAUGAAAUGCUGCAAGAUCUACUUUCAAAGGGUACUGAUCUAACUCCCGAUGAAGAGGCCUACAAGGAGGAAUUACGUGCAAUGCUAUAUGGUAAAAGGCACGUGUGA